AUGACCCGGCGAGAAAGAAAGCAGCCCGAGAGCCGACGACGGACCGGUUGCUGGAGAUGUAAAGAAAAGCAUGUCCAAUGCACCGAGGAAUGGCCGGUAUGCAGCCGAUGCGAGCGACUGAACCUGCACUGUGUUCGUGGCCUCAAGUUGCUCCGGAGAGAGGAUGCGGCUCAGAGGGGCAUACGCUUUGGCCGGGAGGGAACAUGGUCAAAAGGCUCUUCGAAGGCCGUAACACCUACAAAAGUCGAAAUCGGUCAUGAAUUCCAGCCUGUCUCCAUUGACCAGUAUGCAGGUCGAUGGCUAUUUUUGAAUACAACAUACUGGGACUUUGGCGUAAACGGGGAGGAGUUGAUAGAGGUUGUUCAGUCUUUGAAUGGUUUGGUCCAGCCCUCCCCACACCGGCCCCUGGGCCAUCCAUUAGCGCAGUGUUCGUCGGUCGAGAGUUUCCUGCUUGAUUAUUUCAUUCGGGGUAUUGCACCUUUCUGCUCACUCAGCACGGGAUUUAACCCCUAUUUAUCUCCCGUCACGCCGCUGGCUUUGAAUUAUCAACAACCCCACGAGCCGCUGAGAAACAUCCUCCUUGCCAUUGCUGCGAACCAACGUCAUCUCCUUGGCGACAGUACCUAUGAGCGGGAGGCAUUUUUAUUCAAGCAGAAGGCGCUACAUGGCUUGCAGAAUGAGACUAACCAUAGGAAACCGAGUGCUGGAGCAGUUGCGACGAUAACUGAUGGGUGUACCCCUUCAUGGACAACACAUCUUCGUGGGGGCCUUCAGCUCAUGGAAAUGUUCCCACAUCAAAUGUGUGAAAGUGAGACGCUGAAGAGGUUCUUCGUGAUGUAUUUUGUCGCUCAUUAUAUUAUGGGCCGAACGGGCGUGGAAGAUCCUUCGGAGGUGGCACAAGUAGCCCUUUCAUGGCUUGACGACGAUGACCUUGAGGAGAUUGACGUAUUGAUGGACCUGUAUGCUGAAAAUGGCCUUGAAGGCGAUGAAAACCCAUCAACUCACACUGCAAGAAUCUCAAAUUUCAAUACAGCGAGGAUUGAUAUCGAAGCCGAAUUACGAGUUCUCCACCAAAAGCUACCAAGCUACGCCUCCCUCCAAGAGGACCUCUUACGGAUUGCCGAAACAAAGAGGCUCGCAGCGAUUCUAUACCUGCGCGAACGCCUGGGGAGCCCGACUGGUCUUUGCUAUUUUUAUUCCGUUGAGAAGUUUUCCCCUCACCAAGAUCAUAAACAUAAGCAUAAUAAUAGCAUCAACUCGCCCCUUAGCCACCAAGCCACUACACUAAGUGUAGUGGAGACAUCACCAUCAGGAUUCAAAGCCCGAAUCGUCAACAUGAUAAUAAGCCUUAUGGAGAACCUACCCGAUUCCCCUACGUUACUCUGGCCACUCUUUAUUGUAGGCACUGUGGGCCUGGAUGAUGAAGCGCAUCGCCGUUUUGUGCUCGACAGAUUGACGAGCAUUCAGAAGACGCGCAACUUGGGUAGUGUUCGAAAGGCGCGUAUGGUCGUUGAAUGUGCAUAUCGGGCAAAGGAUAUCCAUUUCCCGCGAGGUAAGGUUAGGGGAGAUGAAGGGCCAGGGGUUAUUAGUUUGGCAUGA